AUGAGGAUAGCAAUAGGGAAGACAGACAAGGAAAGUAAUAGAUUCGUCCGGGAAUCUGCACUUACAAUCGAUCACAUUUGCGGUAUUACAGCUUACUGUGAAUGGAGAGCCGUGAAUGCCAUUUCGAAAUCAUUGCCGAUCUAGCAGAGCCAGAGAAGCGGUUCUAAUGCUCUUAGGAGAACGACACAAAGUGAAAGGUGUUUAGGGGAGACCCAGUACGAGGAUACGCAGGUGCAAUUCACUCGUCCCAUUCCGGAUGAAGUAAUCAGUGUUUAUGAAGUGUACGUGAAAGAAGAAGCUGCAAAUUCUGAAGGGAGGAAUGAUGUCACUGUUGUACCGAGUUUACCAUCCACAAAUGAUCAUCAAUUAAUUCAAAAUGAUUGCAUGAACCUAGAUGUUGCUAUAGAUUCUGACGUGAUUAAUAUCGAUGGUGCUGUGACGAAGUUUCUUGGUAAAGAUGCUUUCAAAUAUAAGAUUCUUGAUCAAAAUGUUAAUUCAUCCGAAGACAAUGUUAUGGUGUAUUCGCACCCGGUUGUCGACGGGCCCUCAUCGUCCAAUACACGUUUGAUCGAUAAAGAUGAUCCUAGAUCGAAACUUCAUUUCGUGAAAUAUUUGAAGAGAGAUGGGAAGACGCUGAAAAUUUGGGAAUGCGGAAUCUGUUCGAAGGAGUUCCGGCAUCAGUACACGUUGAUGAGACAUUUACCAACGCACACCGACGAGAGGAACUUCAAAUGCGAAGCUUGCGGCAAAGCUUUUCGCCAGUUGUCGACACUGAGCCAGCACAAGGCGAUACACAGUGACGCUAGACCGUACGUUUGCGAAUUUUGCAAGAAAACUUUCAACAGAGUGUCCACGCUGAUCUCUCAUCGGAAAACACAUUCGGAGCAUAAACCGCACAAGUGUCAGGUUUGUGGGAAGGGAUUCCAUCAGAAGGGCAAUUUGAGGAACCACGUGUUUACCCAUACGAACGAGAGGCCGUACAAAUGCGAGCUUUGCGGCAAAGGCUUCAAUCAAAUGUCGAAUUUGGUCUGCCACAAGGUCAAAGCGCAUGCACACGCGGAGAAAAUGCAGUACGUGUGCGGAAUCUGUGGCAAAGAGUUUCCGCGUCGAUUCUCUUUGAGAUCGCACGAGGAGUACAAGCACGGCAUCAAGUAUCGACAUCCGGCCGGCGUUCAGCCGAGCAUCAACGAUCCGAACGUCAUAAGAAAUAAGAACGUCAGGAUCGUGCAGCUGCCUAACGGCGAUCGAAACCAAACGUUCGAUCUUAGGGACAAGGAUCCUCUGCUAACGUCGGACGUCAUGGAGUCUGUAGUGGUAGACAAGAUCGACACAAAGGCGAUGGAGAUGGCCCUCCUCGAAGGACAAACGCCGUUCGCCCUGUUCAAACCAGCCAAAGGAAUUCCUGUUCUCGUAAAAGUCUCGCCUACUGGAACUCAUAAAAACAUUCUAACACCUGCCACAGCUGACGAUCUUCGUAUGGCGGGGAAAAUGAGCCUGAGCCCAACAAUUUUAGCUGACGCCGACAGGAUCAAGGCUGUCCAGGUGAAAGUACCUGUCGUAGCCACUGUAAUUCAGAAUGUAGAUCCUGAUGGGAAAGUGAAUUUCAUUAUCGAACCGCCUGGUCCUGAGAACGAACACGAGAGCCUGGUCACAGCAUUGGACUCUCAGUUCACGUACACCGAGCCGGUUAGAAACGAGCUCGAUCGUCAGAAUGGUCCUGUUGUGUCCUCCGCGAUGGAGGAUUGCAACGAGCUGCUGGAACUCGCCGCGCAGGAUGACAUACAGUUUGUUCGCGCGACUGAGGAUGGCCGCUACGAGGUGAUAACGAAUAGCGAGGCACGUGAUCUGAUGGUACAGAACUCGCAUGACGUGACGAUCUUCAGCGAGGAAGCGGACGCGAUCAAUGUGGUGAAUAUGCGCGGUAACGGGGAAGUCAUCAUCGGGGAUUCCGAUAAUCAGAUCAUGGUGCUCGACUCCGCCUCCUCCCAGAAAUCUAUGCCGAUGGACGGCAUCGAGAUCCUGGAGGACAAGGACAUCCGGAUUCUCGACAGCAAGAGCCUCGACGACCGCUUCGUGGACGGUAUUAGUUUCCUCCCGCAAUCGAAAAUCGACGAUCUGAUCUUAGGCCCGAAACCUUUGUCCCUCGACGCUGGAGUUUCUGUCAGCGAGCAUGACGACGAAGUUAUAGGAGUGCCUUCGAGUCAGCAAGAGCUAACAAGCAUCCUCAGCCAUCGAAGCGAUAUUUCGACACUCUCAACCACCUCCCAGCCCUCGAUAUCCUCCCUUCUAAUGAAAAGCCACCCACCGUUGUCAAUCUUAAACGAAACACUUCCCUACCUGAAGAGCAAUACGAGCUUGGCAGAAGACCUCAACAUGUUCAGUAAUUCUACAACGGACAGUCAUUCCAUGUACGAAUCAAAGAUCAAAUUACCUUCAGUCUUCGACGAUACCGAACCGGAUGCUGGCUUAAUUCCCAUCAGUCAAGCAGACAUGAAGAUUCUAGGAUCAGGGAGCUCGAGCACCAAGGUUUUCUGCAACAAGACGAAUUGUUUGCCGUCCUCGAAGUUAUUCUCUGGAUUGGGCGAGGUGAAGAUUCUAGGCCCGAAGAAUCACAGCCAGGAGAUCAUGACCUCGCAGUAUCAGGACGUGAAGUUACUUACAUCGUACGAGCAGUUUUUAAAGAACACCGCCGCGAACACGAAUGGCUGCGACGGAAGCGGGGUGAAUACUUCCGGCGGAUGCAGGCAGGAGGUGAAGAUUCUGGGGAAGAAGUUGGGAACUGGCAUUAUUACCAGCACCGUGGAGGGCAACGUCGUGGAAGUCAUCGAGGAGAAAACUAAGCUGAUCAUGGAUCACGGGCUGUGCAGCGGCAUGGACAACACGGUGAUUUCAUCGCCUCGCCUGGACAGGCAGAUGACGGAAAACGGCGGGCCGGACAGCUUCCUGCUUCAAGCCUGUAGCCCGUGCAGCUCGGACUUUUUGAAUUUCGAGAACCGUCUGAAAGACACGUCGCCGGCUGGUCAUUUCGAUAGAAGCCAAAAGGAUUCCAGGGACAGCUUCGUCUCCGGCGGCGGUUUGCCCGAUCUCGAUUGA